AUGGCCAUGGCGGCGGGCGGGCCCAACGGCGGCGCGAAGGUGGUCAGCCUUCGCCUGCAGUACUACUGCGUGUUCGCGGCGGUGGGCGUGGCGGUCAUCGUGCUGUCGCUCACCUUCCUGUCGCCGUCCGCCAUGGGCGCCGUCCGCCAGAACCUCGGCACCGUCGUGGCCGUGGCCACGAAUUCCACCAGCGGCGACGAAGCGGCACGGGUGGUAGGAGGCGGGGAGGCGGUGGCCGCGGCCAAGGCGGAGCCGGAGAAGGAGAAGCCGAAGAAAGCGGAGCCGCCGGUGGUGCUGUUCAACUUCGGCGACUCCAACUCGGACACCGGCGGCGUGGCGGCGGCCGGGGGCAUCCACAUCAUGCCGCCCGAGGGACGCACCUACUUCCGCCGCCCCACCGGCCGCCUCUCCGACGGCCGCGUCAUCAUCGACUUCAUCUGCGCGAGUCUGAAGACGCAUGAGCUGAAUCCGUACCUGAAGGCAGUGGGCUCCGACUACAGCAACGGUGUCAACUUCGCCAUGGCCGGCUCCACGGUGUCCCACGGCGUCUCCCCCUACUCCCUCAAUGUCCAGGUCGACCAGUUCGUCUACUUCAAGCGCAGAUCCCUGGAGCUCAUCGAGCUAGGACUGAAGGGCCCGGUGAGCAAGGAGGGCUUCGAGAACGCGCUCUACAUGAUGGACAUCGGCCACAACGACGUCGCCGGCGUGAUGCACACGCCGUCCGAUCAGUGGGACAAGAAGUUCAGACAGAUAGUCAGCGAGAUCGGCGACGCGAUCCGGAUCCUGUACGACAAUGGCGCGAGGAAGUUCUGGAUCCAUGGCACGGGCGCCCUGGGCUGCCUGCCGGCGCUGGUGGUGCAGGAGAAGGGUGGCGAGCACGACGCGCACGGCUGCCUCGCCAGCCACAACCGGGCGGCGCAGGCCUUCAACAAGAAGCUCAGCGACCUCUGCGACGAGGUGCGGCUGCGCCUCAAGGACGCCACCGUCGUCUACACCGACAUGUUCGCCAUCAAGUACGGCUUCGUCGCCAACCACACCAAAUACGGGAUUGAGUGGCCAUUGAUGGUGUGCUGCGGAAACGGCGGCCCGCCUUACAACUUCAUGCCGGGGAAGUUCGGCUGCGGCGAUCUCUGCGGGCCGGAGGAGAAGGUGCUGAGCUGGGACGGCGUGCACUUCACCGACUUCGGCAGCGGCCUUGCCGCCAAGCAUGCCAUGAGUGGCGAGUACUCCAAGCCCAGAGUAAAGCUGGCGAGCUUGCUCAAUGGUGGCUCCAAGAAGCCAUCAUCUGUGUCUUGA